AUGUUUCCAAACGUGACAGGAAUUCUUAAUAGAGGCCAUAAGAUAAAAGGGACAGUGGUGUUGAUGCGUAAGAAUGUGUUGGACUUCAACACAAUCGUGAGUAUUGGUGGUGGAAACAUCCAUGGAGUCAUCGACACCGGCCUCAAUCUCAUCGGUUCAACUGUUGAUGGCCUCACUGCCUUCUUGGGCCGCAGUGUCUCCCUUCAGCUCAUUAGUGCUACCAAGUCUGAUGCAAAUGGAAAAGGGAAAGUUGGAAAGGAUACAUUUCUGGAAGGUAUUCUUGCCUCAUUACCAACCUUGGGAGCUGGUGAAAACGCAUUCAAUAUUCAUUUUGAAUGGAAUGAUGAGAUGGGAAUUCCUGGUGCAUUUUACAUCAAGAAUUAUAUGCAAGUUGAGUUUUAUCUCAAGAGUCUAACUCUUGAAGAUGUUCCAAACCAUGGAACCAUUCGAUUUGUAUGCAACUCUUGGGUUUACAACGCAAAACUUUACAAAAGUCCACGCAUUUUCUUUGCCAACAAGUCGUAUCUUCCAAGUGAAACACCAUCUCCACUAGUCAAGUAUAGAGAAGAAGAAUUGCAAAAUUUAAGGGGAGAUGGAACAGGAGAGCGCAAGUUACAUGAAAGGAUCUACGAUUACGAUGUCUACAAUGAUUUAGGCAAUCCAGAUCACGGUGAAAGUUUUGCUCGCCCUGUUCUUGGAGGGUCUAGCACACAUCCUUACCCUCGCAGGGGAAGGACAGGUCGAUAUCCAACAAGGAAAGAUCCAAAUUCUGAGAAACCAGCUACAGAAAUAUAUGUUCCAAGAGAUGAAAAUUUUGGUCACUUGAAGUCCUCAGACUUUCUCACAUAUGGAAUAAAAUCUGUAUCUCAAAACGUAUUACCCGCAUUCGAAUCUGCAUUUGAUUUGAAUUUUACACCGCGCGAGUUUGAUAGUUUCCAAGAUGUGCGUGACCUCUUUGAAGGUGGAAUUAAGUUACCUCUAGAUGUAAUCAGCACAAUUAGCCCCUUACCUGUGAUCAAAGAAUUAUUUCGUACUGAUGGUGAAAAUGUCCUCAAGUUUCCAACACCGCAUGUCGUUAAAGUGAGUAAGUCUGCAUGGAUGACAGAUGAAGAGUUUGCAAGAGAAAUGCUUGCUGGUGUAAAUCCUUGCAUGAUUCGUGGUCUUAAAGAGUUUCCUCCAAAAAGCAAUCUUGAUCCCACAGUAUAUGGUGAUCAAACUAGUAAGAUAACUGCAGAUGCAUUGGAACUUGAUGGGAGCACAGUAGACGAGGCACUUGCUGGUGGGAGGUUAUUCAUACUAGAUUACCAUGAUACAUUCAUCCCAUUUCUGAGAAGAAUCAAUGAGACUUCUGCAAAAGCUUAUGCUACUAGGACAAUCCUUUUCCUAAAAGAAGAUGGAAAUUUAAAGCCAGUGGCGAUUGAAUUAAGUUUGCCACAUCCUGAUGGUGACAAAUCGGGUGUCGUUAGUCAAGUCAUUUUACCUGCAAAUGAAGGUGUUGAAAGUACUAUUUGGCUACUAGCAAAAGCUUAUGUGGUGGUUAAUGAUUCUUGCUAUCAUCAACUCAUGAGUCAUUGGUUGAAUACCCAUGCAGUAGUUGAGCCAUUCGUUAUUGCAACAAAUCGACAGCUUAGUGUGAUUCACCCAAUUUAUAAACUUUUAUCUCCUCAUUAUCGGGACACCAUGAACAUCAACGCACUUGCAAGAGAAUCUCUAAUUAACGCCAAUGGCAUAAUAGAGAGAACAUUUUUGCCUUCAAAGUAUGCUGUGGAAAUGUCUUCAGCGGUUUACAAGAAUUGGGUUUUCCCUGAUCAAGCCCUUCCAGCUGAUCUUAUCAAGAGAAAUAUGGCCGUUGAGGAUCCAUCGUCCCCAUACGGACUUCGUCUUCUGAUAGAGGACUACCCUUAUGCUGUUGAUGGAUUAGAGAUAUGGACAACUAUUAAAACAUGGGUACAAGAUUAUGUCUCAGUGUAUUAUGCAACAGACAAUGAUAUCAAAAAUGAUUCUGAGCUUCAACAUUGGUGGAAAGAAGUUGUAGAGAAAGGUCAUGGUGAUUUGAAAGACAAGCCAUGGUGGCCCAAGUUGCAAACACUUGAAGAGCUUGUUGAAGCUUGCACUAUCAUCAUAUGGACGGCUUCAGCCCUCCACGCAGCUGUUAAUUUUGGACAAUAUCCUUACGGCGGUUUUAUUCUAAACCGCCCAACUAUCAGUAGAAGAUUACUUCCUGAGGAAGGAACUGCACAAUAUGAUGAAAUGGUGAAGAGUCCUCAAAAGGCUUACUUGAGAACAAUCACGCCGAAGUUUCAGACUCUUAUUGACCUUUCAGUGAUAGAAAUAUUGUCAAGACAUGCUUCUGAUGAAGUUUACCUUGGACAAAGAGAAAAUCCACAUUGGACCUCUGAUUCAAAAGCUUUACAAGCAUUUCAAAAGUUUGGAAAUAAACUUGCAGAAAUUGAAGCAAAACUAGCAAAGAAGAACAAUGAUCCGAGCCUGAACAAUCGACUUGGGCCAGUUCAAUUGCCAUACACUUUGCUUCAUCCCACUAGUGAGGAGGGGUUAACCUUUAGAGGAAUUCCCAAUAGCAUCUCUAUCUAAGAAAACUAGUGGUUUAUUUACUAUAUGUUAUUGUAUCUUUCAAUAAAGAGAUGCUCCAUUUGACCAAAAAUAAAAAGAGAUGCUCCAGAUAGUGCAUCUUAUCUAUGUUAUAAUAAUCAAGUGUAUGCAUUUCCUUCCCCUUUAUUUGGAGCAUGUGUAUGUUUAAAUAUUUGUAAUUUGAACCUUCAAACUUGUUCUAGUUACCAAAUAAUAAGAUCAUUAUUAGUUUGUGUGUUUA